CGGCAACAACCGACAAUCGUCUUACUCACAGUCAAUACCGAAAACAAACAACAGCCAACAUGUCUGGACGUGGUAAAGGAGGCAAGGGUCUCGGAAAGGGAGGCGCCAAGCGUCAUCGCAAGGUCCUUCGCGACAAUAUCCAGGGAAUUACCAAGCCCGCUAUCCGCCGUCUGGCCCGUCGUGGUGGUGUGAAACGUAUCUCUGGUCUGAUUUACGAAGAGACCCGUGGAGUCCUCAAGGUCUUCCUCGAGAACGUCAUUCGUGAUUCCGUCACCUAUACCGAGCACGCCCGUCGUAAGACCGUCACCGCCAUGGACGUCGUGUACGCCCUAAAGCGUCAGGGAAAGACUCUUUACGGAUUCGGAGGUUAAGCUUGCGCUUGAUCCUCGACUUUGUGGCUCGUCUUUAAAACCUUGGAACGAUUAUAUACAAUCACCAACUCAAAAACCGGAUUUUCUAAAAUCCACCCAAACAACCAAAGAAAGUUUGCCGAACUAUGCUGAUGGUGUGUGUAGGAAAAUAAGUCACAAUAUAUUGAGAAUACUUCACU